AUGCUAUUCUCCAGACUUUUUUUACUGCCCCUUGCAGUUGCAUCUUCGGUGACGCUCUAUGUCGCUCCUGUUCCUGCCUCUGAGGGUACGGCUGCAAUCGCUUCACCAGUACCCCUCGCACAGAUCGACUACGAUGCGGAUCAACCAGUCGGCACCCUAGUCUCAUAUACACCCCCAACGGGCUCGUACUCCGCCGACCGCUUAUUACGUGUCGGUCUCACCGAUCCAAAAUCGACCUCGUUACAUGGCGUUGUGACUUCAGCGGCGAGCUUCUCCGAGCAAUACCACAAGAAGAUUGUCAUCCACGUUGACGAGAAGGGCGAGCCUUUUCACGUUGGGUUCAGUACAAGUGCAAAAGGCAGUGGAAAAGAGGUAGAAGUUGAGAUAAAGAGGAAGGAUACAGGACCGAAGCCGGUACUGAACAAGCCCAUUGUAUUGAAUGCCGAAGGAAAGCUGGGUGGAGAAGAGCCAGAGAAGACAUUCUUGCAAAAGUACUGGUGGGCUAUUGCUCUCUUCCUGCUUGUUCAGCUAGCCGCAGGUGGUGGAGAGAAAUAA